UAGAGACCGUUGGUGGGGCUCAACCCUAUUGUCCAAAUGGCAUUCGGAUGUGCUCCUCUCUACAUCCGAUUGGCCGCCUUUCUAUCAGCCGUCAACGCUAGCUGAUGCCAGCUGGUAUGUCAACGUCAUCUUAGAACCACUGCUGAAACUUCAGCCUCAGCAGUUCAUCCACCAUCGGCAGAAACGGCGUGUUCGCAGUAAUCUCUUCGCAUCGACAUGCUGUUCCUACUCUUCUCAACUGUAUAUGGAGCUCUGCCCACGGCCUUCUACCAUUCUGCAGAUGUCUGCAUUGCUGUAUCUACAUCUCCUACCAGCUGCGUCUAUCACCGGCUUCGUCUACCGGUGACUGCCUCUGUGGCGGUAGUUGUGCACCAAGAUCACAACUUCGAGAGCUGCACUGCAGCUAUCAAACCAUCCACCGUCAUCUGGCAAUCAACGGUUCGAGUUCAAACAUGGAGGAGGAAUCGCCAUGCUGUCUACUCAGGCACCGCUCAUCCCGUAUGGACAUCGAUGCAGCUGUUACAACUCAGAUGCUGAUUGCUACAUUCUUCGUACUUCCAACAACGUCCAAAGGAAUCGAGGAUCUUUAUACGUCGCGCAGUUUCCUGACCCCCGAAAAAUGCAGAUCAACCUAACAGGCUUCCUGAAUGGUAGGAAUGCCCGGUCUUUCAUGGGUGAAUUAUGGGACCUUCUGGUCUCUGCUCAAGAAAGUGUAACGGGCAUUCCCGAGGCUUUCUUGCAACAAAAAAAAGAUCAGAUUAAAAAGCGUUUGGAGGAGCAAGAGAAGCUCCAAGCUUCUUUGGCAGAGAAAGAGAAGGAGAAGGAAAGGGAGAAAGAGAAAGAUGAAGCAGAAAGCAAGAUAAAGAAAGAAGAAAAGGAACGUGGUUCGUCGAAGGAGCGUAGAAGAGAUCGAAGUAGAGAUCGUGAUAGAGACAGAAGUAAGAGAAGUCGAUCGAGAGAUCGGCAUCGAGACCGUGAUAGAUCAAGUCGUAAGCGACGAUCGUCUUCAAGAUCACCCAGCAAAAAUUCUUUGAAGGACAACGGAAAAGACAUGCCGGAAGUUAAAGUUGAACGGGAAGAUUCACCGCAACCUGAAAAUGCUAUACCGUUGAUGCCUGUCAAAACAAAACCGGAAGCCGCUGUUGCGAUAUCCCGAUUGCAAGCAAAACUAAUGAGCAUUGCCGAUGGGAAGAAGAAGAACAAUCAUACUCCAUCUCCAGAGUCACUGGACAAGGCAAAGAAAUCCAGAUCCAGAUCAAAGUCACCUAUAAGUCGAUCCAAAAAGUCCCGAUCCAAAUCACCAAGCCGAGAUUCGAAGACACGUCGUUCUCGAUCACCCGCAUCCAAAUCCAGACGAUCUCGUUCAAAGUCAAGAUCAAGACGUUCCAGAUCCAGGUCCAAGUCUAGAAGAUCUAAAUCCAGGUCACAGGAUCGUUCGAAGUCCAGACGUACGAAGUCAAAGUCACCAAGAUCGCAUUCAAGAUCUCGUUCACGAUCAAAGAAAUCAAGAUCCAAAAGUAUCGACAGAAGCAAAGCCCGCAAGUCUAGAUCUGAUUCGAGCGAUUCCAGGUCGUCAAAGUCCCGUUCCAAGUCCCCCGACAAAAGGAAGGAUAACCUGGAUUCAGGUCGAAAACGGGACGCAAGUACAAGUAGCACUUCCGAAUCAGAGGAAGAUAAAGGAGCGAAAGACAAGAACGAUUUCGAGAUUAGGAAGAAGAAGGAUGGAGUGCAGGCUAAAAGGUCGUACAGGAAGACUAAUAAGGAUGACAGCGGAAGUGACAGUGAUUCAAGUCGAGAAAGGAAAUCGGUCCCUAAACGUAGAAGCCCUACGCCACGUAAAGAUAGAGGCAGAUCGAAGGAUAGGGACAGGUCCAGAGACAGAUCACGGGAUAGGUCGCGAGAUAGGUCACGGGAUCGAUCUCGAGAUAGGAACAGGAGGAGAUCCAUAGAUAGAGAACGAGAAAGAAGACGAGAACGAGAGCGAGAAAGGGAACGGGAAAGACUGGAUAGAUAUAGUGGCAGUCGCAGCAUGCGACCACCAUCUGUUCGCAGAGCACCCAGCAGGCGAAGAAGUCCCCCUCGUAGAAGUCCAGCAAGAUAUCGGCGCAGAUCUCCUAGUCCCGGCGACAGGCGCAGAAGAAGAUCCCUCGACCGAAGACGACGAUCAUCAGAGAGACGAGACAGACGUCGAUCUCCGGAUCGUCGCGACAGCAGACGCCGUUCGCCAGAUGGACGGGAUCGAUCCCUCAGGUACGAUAGAUCUUCCUCUCGCGACAGAUCGAGUAGGCGAGACCGUUCCAGAGACAGGGACAGAAGGGAUAGAGAUCGGCGAUCUAGAUCUAAGGAUCGUAGAUCCCGAUCGAAAGAUCAGCGGUCAUCGGUGGAUCGUUCAAGGGAUGGGAAACGAUCUCCCGAUCGGUCGAGAGAUGCUAAGGAGAAGAUAAAGGACAAGAAGGUGGAUGAGAAAGUUAAAAGAACAACCGAGACAGGAUCGCGAAAAGAAUUGCGAAAUGGAAGGUCUAAGUCAAGUAGCUCGGAAAGUAGCGAAAGUAGUUCCUCUAGCAAUGAGGAUGAAGCGAUCAGAAAAUCGCUUGAACGCAAAUCGUCUCAGGAAAAACGAGAACGCGAAAGAGAACGGGAACACGUGGACGACAAACGUAAAGAAAAAGAAAAACCUAAGGAAGAGCCCGUCAUUAAGCGACCCGAGAAGGAAGUGAAGAAGGUUGAACCACCGACUAUCAAGAAACCGGAUCCAAGCGUUUCUCCUAAAAAGCUUCAACCUACUACGCUUCCUGUAACUAGGCAUAGAUUCUCCAAGAGUCUGUCCAGAACGCCUUCACCGUUUAAAAAGACUGAAGACAUCAUAGCUGCAGUUAAAGUUAAACAACCUUCAAAGGAAGAUAAUAAGGAAGAUUCACCGAAAGAAGAAUCCAACUUCUCAUCCGGAGAUAACUUCCCGUUGAAAAAGGAUGACAAAUCAAUUAAAUCAAUCAAGACAACGUCAGAAGAGAAGAAGUCUGGCCAAAAGUCGUCAGAGCCGAUUAUUUUGAAGAAACAGGUGGAAAUCAUUAAGAAAUCGAAAAGAGAAAAACGUGAUGGAUCUACAGAUUCAAAUGACAGUGAAAGCGAAGGAAAAAAGAAAUCUAGAAAAUUGGAGAAGUCCAGGAAGUCUCGAAAGGCUUCUACAGACGAAGAGAAAUCGGAUAAAGGUGCCUCCAGUUCGGAUUCUGAAGACGACAGGAAACACGUGGAGAAAAGUAAAAAGAUCAGAGACUCGAAUCGUGGAGAUUCGUUAGACGAGCGUUCCAAGGACAGGAAGGAUAGCAGGAAGCGAGAAGCCAGUGAGAACGAAUCUCGUAAACGGCCGAAGAAGGAUCUAGAAGAAGAAACGAAGAAAUCAAAGAGGUCUAGGAAAGAUUCUUCUUCGGGAGAUGAAGAUCAAAAGACGAAGAGAAGCAAAGAGGACGACAGAUCUAGAAUAAGAAAAUCUAAAAAAGAUUCAAGUUCAGACGAUGAACCGAAGAAGACAAGGAAACGAAAAGACAGUUCUUCGGAAGAUGAGAAAUCUAGAACGAGGAAAUCCAGGAAAGAUUCGACUAGCGAAGAUGAAGCAAAAGUACGAGUGAAGAAAUCGAAACGAGACUCCAGCACGGAAGAUGAAGAAAUAGGAGAAAAAGAUGCGAAGAAAAAGAGAAAAGCAGACGAUAGUUCAGAUGAAGAAAAAGUGAAGAAGAAACGUAAAAAGAAGACUAAAACCAGUACCAGUGAAUCUGAGGAAAGCGAAGUAGAAGAGAAGAAAAAGAAGAAAGACAAGAAGCACAAGAAACACAAAAAACACAAGAAGCAUAGGAAGCACAAAAAGAAGAAGGUUGCUGAUUCUGACGAAUCUGAUGUGAGUGAAGGUAACACUGAAGAACUGGAGAAAAAGCUUCGUGAAAAAGCAUUGAAAUCAAUGAAAAAAGGACACAGUAUAGAAAGAAGUGAUUGAGAAUUUGUGUGAUCUAUUAAUGAGGGUGUGUAAUAUGUGUGUACUUCUGUAUUACAAUGCACUUGCUUUGAUUGUAUUCACGAAUAUGUUUGUUUAUUGCAUUGACAGUAGAAUUUUAUCGUAUCACAGUUUCUUAUACAAGAGAAGUCUGCUAGUAACAGAAUUCGUCCUCAGGCGAUAAAACUUUCAUUUUUACGAAUCUUGAACCGAGUUUAGGAUUACGAUGUUGAACGCAAUAGUUGUUUCCUUUACUUAGCAAACAAGUAGUGUACGUUAUACCAUAGGGACAGUAAUUUCUUGUGCCACUUUCAAUGUACGAUUUUUACAUUUUUCAAAAGUGUCGGCACAACCAAGCGAAGAUAUAUCCCCUUUUAGUUAAGUUCAUGAAUUAAUCUUUACUUGAUAGUGCGGUAAGUUAGUUUAGUUUGUAAAUCUUAUUUGUAUAAAAAUAAUUUUUCAUCGAUUUACCUACAUUAAGACGACAGAAUAAAUUGCGUUUUGACGAGUAACAUCGCAUGCCUCGUACAAACUUGUCACACCCUCUUGUUACGGAAUUCAUACACAUAAAUUAUAUAAUUAAAUUUAAUCUAAAAUCACUGUAAAUUUAUUUAGA